CGCGCACUCGAUUGGCGUCGGCCGGCGUCCCGGGAGGGGCGCGACGCCAGCCAAGAACGAACGUUGAUACUAAACCGCGGCCCGAGCUGCUCCGAACGACAGUUCAACGAGCGUGUGUUCCGAGGCCGGAUCACGUUGGUCCAUCCGAGCGGCCUGUAACCGCGCGAGCCGAUACCGUCUGCGGCCGAUCUCACAUCGGCGCGCGAUCGCCGGCCGCGUUACGUCAUUACGCGUGCGAGAUACGAGUGCGACCCUACCCCCCAUCGGCGGCGGAUAGGGUACCGUGACUGACGAAUUUGUUCUGGGAUCUUCGCGAUCCCCAUCGACGGACGUGCCCGAAAUUGAUCCGGGACGAUCAUCACGCCGGUACGCGUCGACUCGUCAUCAUCGUGACACCAUCGGGACGGUGAGAACCGGUCACGUGACUCUUGCGAAAGAGAUCGCGCGCUCGGUCCUGCCGACGAUCUUAAAGACGGAUCUUUCCUUGCAGGACGACGUCAGGACGACUCGCGCGCGAGAACGGCGGAUAAUCCUAGCGCGCGUGUCGGUGUACGUGAGUGCUUGUCACGUUUGUCGUGUUUGUGUGUGUCCAUCUGUUGUGUGUGUAUGUUCGUCGAGUACAGUGCUGUUCGAUAGCGCGCGCGGUGCUCGUGCAGCGGGUGAGUUCGAUCGGAGUGCUGCGACCGCUUGCGAGAGGAAAGAGCGAUAGAGAUCAAGAGAGAGAGAGAGAGGAGAGAGAAAGGGCUAAAGGAAAGGUGCACUGUUGAGUACGUGCCACUUCCGGCUGACCGGAAGCCUGCGUGUGAACGUCCCCGAGAUGCGUCCCGCGGUGCGGUCGCCGCGAGUGACCGCGACGGUGCAGCGUCCACCGCUGCGACCUGCCCGACCGAGCGAGCUCCGGCUACUGAUUAAUCCGCCGGUGUAAUUAAUCCGACUCGCGCGCGUCCCGCACGUCGGCGACCCCGUGAACCGAUCCCGCCGUCUCGACCUUGCGGACUCCGUGAACUGGUGACCUUACGAGACCGGCGAAGGGAAUUGGUAUCCUAAUCCAAUUGCCUUAACUUGUGAAGAGCGAGAAGGAAAGUGAGAGCGAAGCACGACGAAAGCUCCAACGUAUGAGCGAGCAAACGUUCUUAAAUUCGUGAUCGGUCAUUUGAGGAUGAAGAACAAAAUUUGACUUGAGCAGCUUGAGCGACUGACAGGCUGCCGCUUGUCGUCAAUUAUCGUUUUCCCUCUUCAUCGUGAGACGACUCGAAGUUUUUGGUACCGUAAAAAGUGACCCAGUGACGCGAGACCGGCGUGAGGGAUUUAUUUUAAUCCGACCGAUCGCUUGAGGGAUCGUUCUGCAACUUCGUGUCCUAAUUCGUCAGUGUGAUUCGGAGAUGGGGAGUGAAGUUUGACUUAACUCGACGCACGAGUCCACGAGACGACAGUCCGCAUUACUCUUGCUCGCUGCAAAUCACAAACGAUUUGAAACUCCUAAUGGUACAUGCACCAUAAGCAACGAUCUACGAGAAAGGAAGGGAAUUUAUUUUAAUCCGACCACUGCCCUGCACACACGAUCGCUCAAACUUUGUAACCGGAUUCAAUAAGGGAACUAGAUUCUCCAACAGGGCGAUUUAAUUCAGCUUAUGAGGCGCAUUGACUCUGCGUUGCGUUUGUCACAAUCCAAUUCUGCUCUGUCGCAGAAUCAUAUGGUAUCCUCAUUCGUAAAGGAUCGUUCGUAAAUGAACACUGACAAGACUAUUCGAAAAAUCAUGAGAAACCUGAAGAAAACUUUCACGAUACGGAGUGAAAUCUAACUCGAUUGAUGGUGAUCCGUGUCGCUCGAAUAAUACGAUCAGAGAAAGAAAUCAUUGUGUUCCGAUUCACGAAAAGUAUCCAAAGAUAAGGGACAACAAUUAAAGUGCAGAUCACUGACGCUCUUGACGGCAAAUAAUCGACGACUCCGAGAACAUCGACGGGCGUCUGCGUCAAUUACCCACUUGGCGGAUGAAUUUUUAAGGCGGAAGAGGCGCGCAAAGGGUCGGUUGUUACUUGGCGGAUGAAUAUUUUAAGGACCGCUGUUCACGGUGGUAUUUAACGCACGGCGAAUAUAAGCGGGCUUCGGAGUAGACCGUGCGAAUCGGAGAGGAACGAUUAAUCGCAAUAAUUGUGAGGGAAAAACACGAGGGACUUGAUUGUCGCUCUCAUCUUGCCCCUUUGUAGGAGGAUUUAGAUUGCGAAAGUUUUGGACACCGCCGCGAGAAACGAUCAGCGAACAGGAUCGGUGCGUUAAGGAUUUUCAUUUGCCGACAGUGCCAUGAAUGUUGCAUGAGCGUGGUUUCCCCGACAGGAGGAUCUUUCUCUCGGAGGCGAUCGCGAACACGAUCGAAGCGGAAUAUUGAAUAGCGUCCGAUCGAGCGUUAGAGUUCGCGGCGGUGUUUGAUGGACGGGAGCGAUCCCAACGGUUAAUUACUACGGCCGGGGAAGUAACGGUGCGUUACUUUAGUAAUUAACGGAUUGCGCGACUGUACGAUCCUCGCUCCUCCGCUCUGGGAUGGAGAUAUCGUAACAAAGGAGCGAUAAAACGCGCGCGAGUCUCGCGCGGCGACUGAGUAAUUGCGAGCGCGAUUACAACUAAUCAAUAUCCGGAUAAUUAAUACGUACAAAGAAUCGUGCAUCUGCGGAACGGCAGCGGGAAGAAUGCACGCUACGGACACGCGAUCGAAGUGCUGCCUCAAAGGAUCGCUCGGCAAGUGAAACUAGAACUCGCGCACCGCUGCAGCUGAUUAAUCGUCGUUAACGGCAAUUGACGCCGCUCGCGUCUGGUAUUUGCGAGAGUAUACGUGGUUCAAUCGCCGACAUAAGGAGUUGAGUAUCGGAAGAAGAAGUAUCGGAACGGCGCGCAAUAAUCUUGUGCAUUGUGCCGACGGCUAAUUGACGAUAAUAAUCAAAGACGCAUACAACACACGCGUCCUCCGUUCAGUCAUAAAUCCUCGUGAGCCUCGAUCGUACUGGCAAGGGAUCUGGGACACGCGGAUGAUUAAGCCCUGGGUUCCAGUUAACUAAUGAAUCGUUGCACCGCGCUAAUGUUGUAAACGCUUCUUAAUACUAAUUAUACUAAAUUACAUGCCAUCUCACGUCCUUCUGUCAAAGGACGAGAAAGGGGCGCGGUGGCAGCCAACAGCCAGGCUCUCUCUUGGUCCUGAUUAAUCAGACUAAUUAACUUCGUAUGUGUGUCCGUAUAUGCGUGUGCUGCAGUCGCGAGACGUCUCAGGAUCGCCCUUUAACGACACCUCGUCUUCGCGCGACGAUUUGCGUAUGACCGGGACGCGCAAGUUAGGGAUGGAGAUGCAGCGCGUCGUCCACCCAGAGGGAUAAUUAACGCGACCUAAGGACAGCCGCAGGACAGCGAAUGGUCGCGCGUCGGGACAUCUUCAUCGACGGGUCGUUCGACGAGGAACGUCUUAAUUAAUAAUCACGCAAAGCCAUUGAGAUUCGUGUGCCGUUUCGCAUAAUAAGAGAAGCGAUCGAAGAAGGGGGACAAAAGGAAGCGGGUGCGAGAGAAAGAGAGAAAGAAAGGAAGACGAAAGGCGCGAAAGGGAGAAAGACGUGGCGAGGAAGAGCAGUAGAACGGAGAAAAGAAGAGGCUCCCGGUGCUACUUCGUCCAUCUCUUCGUCUACUUUUUAUCAUUUCGUGAGGGCUCGAAAAAGAGUUCUCACGCCGCACGCGAGAGAGACCCCGAACACGCACGCAGGCACGCACGCACGAACGCACGCACGCACUCACCCCUCCGGGGGAAACAAAAAGCCCGCAGCGCGCGAGGGAUCUUGAUUUCUUCGUGUUCGUCGAUUUUUUCUUCCCCCUUUGGGCCCCGCCGACCGUGCCAAGUCCCACCGGAGCAACGCGUGAAGAUACGCGUCAACGUCGCAGAGGAAGGACGGCGACGUGGAAAAAUUACCGGCUAUAACUUGAGGAAACGGUUCCGCGAUGAAGAUUAAUCUGCAUUGGUCGUCCUGCAUGUCAUCCAUAGACGAAACGGCGCGGAGAUGGGAUGGAGGAGAGCGAGGCGUAGUCGGAGCACGGAACCACACGAUGGAGUGCCGCAAGGGUCGACGGAAAGGGGCUCCGUUCCUCGGCGGGCUGCUGCUUGCGUGGCUCUUAACCAACGGCUGCGCCGUCGUCGCGCGAAAUAUAGAGAGGUACGAUACCGCAUACGCCUGCGAGGGCAAGACGCUGGAGAUCGAGUGCGGCGAGGGGAAGCUGAUCCACCUGAUACGGGCGAACUACGGCAGGUUCUCCAUCACGAUAUGCAACGAGCACGGGAACACCGAAUGGAGCGUCAAUUGCAUGUCGCCCAAAUCGUUUCGCGUGCUGAACAACGAGUGCAACGACCAGCAGAACUGCAGCAUCGUUGCGUCCACGUUGCAAUUUGGCGAUCCUUGCCCGAACACACACAAAUAUCUUGAAGCGCACUAUCGGUGCGUGUCUGCAGCCACCACCACGACGACGUCCCGGCCGAGCCCGCCGUGGUUCAUAACUUCGCAACCGAGCGUCUGGAGCACCGCUAAGCCGACCGUCCGACCUCCCUCGAGGAUUACGACACCGGCGGCGCAGCAGCCGCCCCAGCAACCACCGGCGCCGUCCACCCCGUCGCUGCCGAUAACGACACCGGCGAGCCCCACGUCAACAAGGUCCUCCCUCGACAUCGAGGUUGACGAGGAGGACCAGGACUUAAUAUCUCCUGCGAACGGUCCUCCGGCGAAUGGCCCGGCAAUACCGCCGAUUAUACCUGAGACCACUCAAGCCACGACAACGUCCACCUUCGCUCCCUGGAGAACCAGCCGAAGGACCACCGUACCCAGCACGCUGUACCCGGAAUCCAGCUCGAACGGUCAGUGGUACGAUUACAGCAGACAAGUGUGUCCCCCGGUGGUGGCCAGAAAUCUGUCCUGGAACACGACCCGGGCGAACGACGUGGCGGUGCAGAGCUGCCCCGGAGGCGCCAACGGUCUGGCGAGAUGGCGAUGUCUGGCUCGCGGGGAUUCUGCCUACUGGCACCGCGACACCCCGGACCUGAGCGAGUGCCGAUCGGUCUGGCUAACCACUCUGGAGAACCGCGUGACCGAGGGCGACGUGAUCCUCGGCAUCAGCCGGGAGCUCUCGCAGGUGACGAACAACAGCCGCGGCCUGUACGGCGGCGACAUGAUGAUCACCACGAAGAUCAUCAAGAACAUGGCCGAGAAGAUGGCGGUGGACGUCAGGACGUACCAAGACUCGAAUCAGAAGGAGGUGAGCGUCACGGAGUUGUUGCAGGGGGUGGUGAGGACCGGCAGCAACCUGCUCGACAAGGCGCAAAUGGCGUCCUGGAAGGAUCUCAGCCAUAAGGAGCAGAUGAGAGUCGCCACGUCGUUGCUGAUCGGUCUUGAAGAGAACGCCUUUCUGCUGGCCGACACGCUCAUGCAUGAGAAGACCAUCAUGCACGAGGGCAAAAACAUACUGAUGGAAGUUCGUGUGCUGGACGCGCGCAACAUCGGCAACGAGCUGGAAGUUUUCCCGAGCGAGACCGCCCAGCAGCGAUGGACCGUCUCGAACGAUCGCGUGGAACUUACCAGGGGCGCUUUGCUGGAUAACAGCGAGGCCGGCAUUGUCCGGCUGGUCUUCAUGGCCUUUGACAGACUCGAGGAGAUACUGCAGCCGCAAGCAGAACCGCCGUCCGUCAUCAUGAACGACGAUUCCCAGCCCUCGCCGCGGCGGAACACCACCCGUCUCCUCAACAGCAAAGUUAUCUCGGCGUCCUUGGGAAAAGGCCGGCACAUACAGCUCUCGGAACCCGUCCGGGUGUAUUUCAGACAUCUGACGGUUGAGAACGUCACCAACCCCACUUGCGUCUUCUGGGAUUAUAUCUUGAGCGCAUGGUCGGAGGAGGGAUGCCAGAUACAAAAGACCAACGAGACUCACACGGUGUGCGAAUGUAAUCACCUGACGAACUUCGCCGUGCUGAUGGACGUGCAUGCCGUCAGACUGGACAUCGCCCAUCAGGUCGCCCUGCAGAUCAUCACGUAUAUAGGCUGCAUCAUUUCCGUCGUCUGCCUCGUCCUGGCUAUUCUCACGUUUCAAUUAUUUCGCGGACUGAAGUCGGACCGAACGACGAUCCACAAGAAUCUAUGCGUGUGCCUGCUGAUAGCCGAGGUGCUCUUCGUAUGUGGGAUCGGCCAGACGAAUCAGAGGAUCGUCUGCGGUAUCGUGGCCGGUUUGCUGCACUUCUUCUUCCUGUGCGCCUUCGCCUGGAUGUUCCUCGAGGGAUUCCAACUAUACGUGAUGCUGAUCGAGGUGUUCGAGGCGGAGAAGUCGCGGCUGCGAUGGUACUACCUGGUCGCGUAUGGGGCACCGCUGCUGGUCGUGGCAAUUUCAUGCAUAAUCGAUCCGCUCAGCUAUGGCACUGAUCGCUACUGUUGGCUGCGCGCGGACAAUUAUUUCAUCUUCAGCUUCGUUGGACCUGUGAUACUCGUUAUAUUGGCGAAUCUGGUAUUCCUGUCAAUGGCAAUCUAUAUGAUGUGCCGGCACGCGAACACCACCGUGGCCAUGAAGAGCAAGGAGCACUCGCGAUUGGCUAGCGCAAGUGGAAAGGAAGAGAAUGCUCUUCCCAACAAAUUGCAAGCGCACUUGGCCUGGCUGCGGGGCGCCAUCGUGCUGGUGUUUCUACUAGGUCUGACCUGGACUUUCGGGCUCCUCUACUUGAACCAGGAGUCCGUCGUGAUGGCGUACAUCUUCACCGUAUUGAAUAGUCUCCAGGGGCUGUUUAUCUUUGUGUUCCAUUGCGUACAGAACGAGAAGGUGAGGAAGGAGUACCGGAAGUUCGUGCGCCGUCACUCCUGGCUGCCGAAGUGCCUCAGGUGCUCGAAGACGGUGACGGGCGGCUCGGCCGGCUCCACCGGAGCUAGCGGUGGCACUGGCGGCGCCAACGGCGGCAAGGACUUCACCUCGCACAACACCUCCUCGAACCCGUCGGCCCCCACGACUGACAGCUCCGGAUUGUCGCCGCAUGCGGCCACUAACUACUUGGUAUCCGGUCGAAGCUGGGCGAUAGUCGAUAGGCAGCCGGCAGUAACGGUGCCAGGUGAACCCGCCUCGUCCGAGGCUCACAUCGUGGCCACCUUGCCGUACGCACGUCACGCCUUCUUACCCUCAGCUCCCAAUAUCCCCAAAUCUGCCACCGCCACUUGGGGCCACCUUAACAAAAACCUCAUGUGGAAGAACAUUUCUUUUAAGUCGUAUUCCCGCGACUCCGGACACGGCGGUUCCGAGCAGGAGGACUCCCCGCGGACGCACAACACCCUGACCCUCGGCCACUCCGGCAGGAGACGCGGCCCGAACGACGCCGGCGACAUGAACACCGGUAACAGGACGACCGGCGGCAGGCGCGCCGCAAUGCCGUACAAUCACACGUACACCGAGAUCGUGGACGGCCGCGGCAACGGCAGCAACGGUGCCGGGCAUCAUCAGCUACACGGACACCACGGCCAGCACGUGCACCUGCCGCGCGGCCUCACCAACGAGGAUGAUCCGGUGUACGAGGAGAUUGAGCGGGGUGGCAGCGGCGGUGGCGGAGGUGGAAGUGGCGGCGGCGGUGGCGGUGGUAUCGGCGGCGGUAUCGGGGUGGUUGGCGCCGGCGAGAUCCAGGUGUCGGACAUGUCCGACGAGGAUGGCAGGCGGCAGAGCGACAUGAGCAGACAGUCGUCCAGGAGCUACGGCGACCAUCGGCCGCUGAUUCCGUACUCGCCCGCCGCCGAUCGCAACCUCGCGCACUACGGCCAGGCGAUGACGGAGCGGGCCGGCGGAGGCGGCAUCGGAGGUGGUGCCGGCAACAACCUCGGGCACUACGACUCGACGGAGUACGGGCCGGCGGUGGAGCGGACCCUGAGCGCCUGCUGGGAGAAGCUGCGCCGACAACAGGCCAGGUACGAGCUCGGCGAUCUGCCUCGGCUGCCGACGACGUACGGCAUGCCGCCGCAGCAGGACCAUACGAGGACGGUGGCCGUGUUGGACGGGCACACCGUCGUCUGCCACCUGCAGCCACAGACGGACAUGUACACGGGCCGCGGUAUGCCGCCGCCGUCCUACAGCGAGUGUUAGGUGGUCCCAACCGCGACCCCGCGGCCCGGGCCACCCUCUUUCGUCCUUCCGCAAAGGAACGACGGACGCUCCCAGGAGACGAGGGCGCGUGAACCGUCUGGACGGUUCGUCUCGUCCGGGUUGGUCACGCGAUGGUGAUGGUGGUGACGGGGAGGUGGGUGACGGUGGUGACGGUGACGACGACUCGUUCCUGGAGAGAACAAUCACGGCGAUCCUCGCCCCCGGGCGUGAAGGGACGAAGGGGAAUCCGCGGGAGACGGACGUGCCGCUUUCUAGCUCAAGCAUAAGCGCGACGGUAUCUCUUGACGAGUCGUCGCGUUUUAGCCAUAAUCGACGUGCGAUCGGCGAGCGUUCCAGCGAGCGCCACCCUCUUGUCUCCGUUCGGGUGGACGUCGAUCGGGACGUCCCCUCUGCAACGACGUGCAGAACGAAGGCAGAGAGAACGGAUGAGAAUGAGUCGGGAGAGAAAGAGGCGAGAGUGUGCAAGGAUCGACCGGGCGUCCAACUAGGCUGCCGCGUCGUCCAACGGACGCCCGCGUCUCUUAGGAUGUAUCGUGUGCGUGUGUGCGUGAAUGUGCGUACCAUCGCGACGUGAACCCUGUAUAACACGAUUGUAGCGGACCUCCCGUUUAAGCUAAGUCGACUGUGACAGUGACGAUGACGACGAUGACGAUGACGAUAGUGACGACAAUGAUGACGUGUCCGUCGUGGCCGGGCGUUUGAAUCUGACGAACUGCGCGAGCAAAGAUCAGAACGAGUGACGAGUCCUCGUAUGGGACGGGAGCUUCCGAAGUCCGAUGUAACACGAAGGCUAGUUUCGAAGAUUACGAAGACUUAUUUCGCUUUUAAGCGGAUUUCGGACGAACACAAAAUCCAAAGUAUUAUUUUAAUAUUAGCUCGUGGAAAUAUUUGUGAAAUAUUUUUGUUAUGCAUGUAUAUCAUUUUGAGAUAUAUUAUUGUUUAAUGUUAAUUUUUUCCUGACGCGGAUACUGUGCACAAUGUAAUUUAUAGAGAUAAUAAUCUGCCAUCUUCAAUAAAGAUGUUAAAAGUUGCACAGCGUUUAAGGUGUUUAUUUCCAACAAAGUUUUAUUAUAACUGCAUUUUUUUAUACAUAUAUAUAUAUAUAUAUAUAUUAUUUCGUCAGAUUAAUCGAUUUUCUUUUAUUUAUUUUAAUAAUAAUUACAUUUAAUUUUAAAUGGGCAAUACGUACAUUUUUUUAUUUUGUAUAACUUUUCGUUUCAUAUUUUCUUGAGAAUGAAAGAUGAUCAUUUUCUGUUCCUUUUUUUUUAUAUAAAUCGAUACACUAUACCUCAAUUUUGUAACCGGACCUAAAUAUAUAUCGGUGAUUGGUUUCAGUUUUCGCGAAGUAUUUGUAUCCCAAAAUGCUGCCGCGCAAAUUACACGAGGUACGUUAUGAUUUCUCGAUGGUAUCAAAUUGUUUAGCCAAACGUACGUGCCGUAUCGUUUCAUCCGAUAUAUAUUUCCUGCAGAAAUAACAUCCCGAUGUUAACAUCGAGGUCAAAUCGAAUACUGUCCUCGUGCGCGGUCGGACUUCGAGCGGGAGGAAAUAUUACGUGCAUCAGCGGUACUCGGUGCAUCCGCGUCAACCCUUCCCGGGCCCGCGCCACACGAUUGUAACGGGCCAGGAGAGGGUUGCAGGACACGACAAACCACGUAUCGUAAACCGGUAUAUAAUGCGGUAAGUGGAUCCAAAUCCGGCGGCACAGCCAGUCAACUCGGCGAUAUUAGGCGUUGCAUUGAUUGUGAUGUUAAAUGCGAUUCGCCGAAUGUAAUCGCAAGUGGCGAUGGUUCAAUCGUUUGCGAGACCACGCGAGUCACGUUUAACAUGACGCGCCCGAUGUCGCGCUUUGUAUCACCGUAUUGGGGGUGAGCCGUCCACGGUUUGCGUCCCUCUUAUCAGUCAUCUCCGAGUCUGCGGGUAUUCGGCGGGGCAAAGCUUUCCAGGCACGGGUGGUCGGCGUGAGGCACCCCCAGACUUAGAAAACAGGCAUUGUAACAUAGAUCUAGACAUAUCGCCGCCGGCCGAAUACGCCAACGGUGCGUCGGUGUUGUCGAUGCAGGCCGAGGAUCGAUUUCGUGCUCGAGCUUCGAUCCUCAGGAUCGAGGACGACUUGAUAAAGGAAACCCACUGGUACCUUGAUCUGAGAUGCGAUUGCUGCAGCGACGUUAGCUUCGUGGCGUAGUGAAAGAAUGUUUAAGAUUCACCUACUGUCUGAAAGUGUAAUAACGCGAAUCCCUUUUUUACCAGAAUCGGGGAUACUUUUUUAUAUGACGUAAAAUAAAUCAGUUGGAGCAAUCUCACCACACGUUACGGUACCACACGUUAUCGCUUCACUUCAGCGCCUCCUGACAAGAGAUGCGUUAGUCACGGGAGUUACGCGAAAUUGAAAAAUAUAUGCAAAUCAUAUUCUUCAAUAGUUUUAAAUAAGGAGACGCAGGAUUAGCUUCAGGCAUAUCCCGAGGUAAAAUAUUCUAUUCUUUCUCAUAUCCUUUCGCAGUUUUUGACUUUUUUCAAGAAAGCCUUUAUCAAAAAAAAAAGAUAAAAUAUUACAAAUAUGAUAAAUCAAAGUUUAAUACGAAAACGUUAUUCUUUGACUUUUAAUAAAUAUUUAUUUCAAAUAAUCUAAUUCAAAAAUAAUUAUCAAAUGUUUUCUAAUUACUUGAUUAAAUUUUCAAAAGCUGGUAAUAUUGUACUAUCGAUUGCGCGUUGGAUGCAUUUUUCAUUGAUGGUCAUUAGUAUUCAGUUUAAUGUUCCUAACGACGGUUCUCAAGAUAACUCGAUCAAAUUGGCGAUUAAAGGAUUAAAGAUUCAGUACAAUUAUCUUUAGAUGGAAGAAGGUAAGAACGCUUUUCUUAUACCAUACCAGGAUACUUAAUACAGACUGCUGCGAAGAAACCGCCCGCUAUCGCCCGUGGCAUUAUCCUUUUUAUCCAUCUUAAGGCAGUUACCUCCCUAUACUCUGUCUGAAGCCGGUUCUGCGCGUGGCUUCGUCCUGACAUUCGGUGCGUUCCUCCCGCGAGCUUUCACCGACUUGUGUUUCGACGAGCGAAUAACAAGCGCGUUCGCGGCGCUGAUAGCCGGAAAUUAGAUUUCCUCCCGUACGGGAAGAACAAAGGAAAAAUCGAGGGGCAAUGGCUGAAGCGCCUUUAUCAGUCGUACGUCGCAGCUCCUCGUCGCGCGCCGCUUUGGAACGUUACGUUUUAGUCCCAGAACGUUAUUUUUAUAAAUAAAAAAUAAAUAAACAAAUAUAUAUAUAUGUAUGUACAUGUAUGUAUACAAUAACGAUAUAUUAUUAUUGUGACGAGAGAGAGAGAGAGAUGCUGAGAGAAAGAGGAACAGUGUGGCGGGCCCAGGAAUCGUACGGGCAGUUAAAUAUUAUAGUGAUACAAGCGGAUUUCCCGAGCGACGUGGAAAAAUGCGCGAAAACACUUAGUCACUGUUUUUUACUAUUUUUUAAAACAAAAUCGUUGUAUGUACGUGAGAACGCGUGAGCUAAACUAAUCGUGUAACCAACCGUGUAUCCCGCGCGCGCGCGCUAUUUAUUUUUUAUCACCCCCCAGGUAUUUUGUAUUGCGGAAACUGUGCCGUGUGAGGAGUUUGUCGUUCUCUAACUACCCCUCGUUGCCAUUGGUGAUAGCGAAAACCACGAGGAUCCCGCGUCAGACGACGCGAAAAAGAAUAUCGAAGAGAGCUUCGAUAAUCUUCAUGUUGCACGUAGUGGAUGAAAUUACGUUGAAUUGAUUAUUUAAUAAGUAAAAUUAUCAAAUAUCUUGUCUAUUUAAAAUCACGAGAGAAUAUUUAUGUUUUUUGUAAAUGAUAAAACUUUAUUCUGCACAUUUUAAUUUUUUUCGUAUUUUCAGAAUGUUCUUAAUUUACUCGAGAAGAUCUCGAUGAAAAGAAAUUUCUAUGCUAUUGCGAUUAAAGAUUUGCUCGAUUUGCGAAUGACAAAAUAAUAAUUUACUUUCUGAAAAAAUUGUCAGCAAGUGUGAUGUUCAACGUGUAUUUAUCCACUAUGUCGCGUCUUCGUGGUUGCUCGAUUUAUUUCUCGCUCAUGAGGAGAACACGCGUGUAGGAGAAUUGUAAUAGUGAUAAUCACGUUAAGGGUACCAGCUAUGUUAAGAGAGAGAAAGAGAGUGUGUGUAAAUGUAUCUCGAGCAGUUUUAAGACACGAUUGCUCAUUCCGGUAUUCCGAAGCAUGUAUCUCCAUCAAUGAUUUCUCGAAGCAUAAGACACGAGAUGCAUCAGCUUUUCUAGCUUUAUAAGACGUUAAUUUCUCAAUUAUGUAAAAGUCAUCCGUAAAGAUCGUGAGACUGCGAUUGCAUCUGACGCGUUAAUUAAAUGAAACGAUCAAAUUACACAUUACGUGCUUUAAAUCUCAUGAAUACCGUCGAUUUGGAAGUUCGUUAUUAGCGAGAUUCCUCAAAAAAAAAAAAAAAACAGAUUUAGUCACAACUUGAAGCUAAAUUUAAAUGAAUUUUUGUCAACACGGAAAUUAUCAUUAAAGAAAAACAUUGCUACGAAAGAGCGCACGAAAUGCGAAUUUCUUGCAUUUGACGAGUUUUGUAUAAAUCGGUGUCGAAUGUUAUAUCAUAUUAUGAAACGCAAAAGCGAAACACAAUUAAUACUGCUGACGAAUGUCUCCGUAAACGAAGCAUUCGAUUAAGCGCCAUUACGCUGUCAGAUCUGUCGUUCUCUGAACCGCGAUCGAGUCGAGACUGCGAGCUGUUUAGGGCUUAAGUUUUCGCCAUGACUAUUUUUUAGGUCGCAGUCAAACCGGAAGAGCUAACUUAUGAUUUUCUUCUACGACUUCAAAUGAAACUGCGAGCCUCAAUCGCGUAACGUCUAAUUGCCGGAUAACUGUUUCAAAGCACCCACAUUCCAUCCGUUCUGCGUGUCGCACGAGCACAGGAAGGAAAGAAGGGUCGCCCGUGGACCUGAAACUUGACCAGCGUGUUUUUUCGUUGUUAGACGAGAGGACGGUCCGCAUUCUCGACGCAUAACGAUUACUAUGCAGAAAGAAUCGGAGGAAAAAAAAUUCAAGAACCGCGUUCAUCGAUUUGUGUGCAAAAUUUGUGGCAAGCACGAUUGCAUCCACUUGGAAAGGAUGCAGCGAGGAUGCGGACGCGUCCGUUUUCCCGGUUACGGCGUCCCGAUUGUCCCGAUUGAAGUUUCGUCGCGUGCGCGAAUGCGGACUGCACGCGAGAAGCGUAACCGAUGUCGCGAAGGACUCCGAGAGUGCGAGAGAGAAAGAGAGAAAGAAUUGUAUGUACAUAAUGUAAAUAGGGCUUUGUACAUGUUGAAUAUUUGUAAUUGUAAAGCGGAGCGCGAGCGUGAGCGCGAGGGAGAACCGAGAGCGAGGAUGUAAGACGACAACCUGAGAUGAUGACCGUUAGACGCGGAGAGGAAGCAUACCUAGGCUAAGAGAGUUUACUUAGUAAGUAGCGAAGCUAUUACGAGCUAUUAUUAUCGGCGACGCAGCGCGGUGGACGCGCAUGGCGGAUUCUUAACUUAAGUCCCAAGGCGUAUUAGUUAAUGUGUAAAUAAAUUAAGCGACGGAAGUAAAAUAUUAAAGAGCCCAAGUAAUCGUUGGAUAUUUAUAACAAACUCCAGUAAAAAGUAGGUCGACGACGACGACGGAGGCGCGAAGGGAGCCGGCCGGAUUCGGAACCCGCGUAAUCCAACUUGGAAAGACGCGAAAUUAUAUUUCAAGUGACGAAUCUUCGCUGAACAAUUCGCUCUUUUAAGCACAAGAAGUUAUAUCUGUUUCCAAGAUCUGAUUCCAGCGUGAAAUUAUGCGUUCGGUGCGAUCUCUCCCUCGCCUCGCUGUAACUAGCUUUAAAUGUAAAAAUUACAUUUGAAGCGAACCUUGCGUGAGAGAGAGAGAGAGAGAGAGAGAGGGGGGGAGUCGAGGCGAAUGGAAUCUUACGUUUGAUCGGAACGUACGGGAUUUCACGAGUUACGAUUCUGGGCGUCCCCAUCAGAAACCGAGGAAGAAAGAAAGAAAGACAAAACGUAGUCGAGCACACUCGUCCACACGUGUAUCGCUGCGCCAGAAAAGAUGAAAGGACGAGGAGGAGGAGGAGAAAACGCGUGUGCGGCGUUGAUCGGACACGGACAGACGAUGUACAGUGCAUGUUUUAUCCUUAGCCGUUUUAUAAAUGUAAAUAUCUUCCGCCCCGAAAGAGACCAGUCCUUCUUUCGCCCCUUCUUCUUAUCUUACCCCGCUUCAAACGCGGUGAGAGAAACAGGCGCAAGAUUAAUUGAUCGUUUCCAAUCGAGGUUCCUUCUUUCGUCGUGACAAUCCUUUACUUUUCCCUCCGCCCUUCCCAGUCCCUUCCCUCCCUGUGAGUCACCUAACUUCGUCCUGCGAGAUACUUAGCGGAGAUAAGCUUUCGUUUUCGGACUGAGAGAGAUGAAGUAUUGUCGAGCGUGACACUGAAAUCAUCCCCCCUCAAAUUAUCGCCGAGCUGCAGGGCCGUGUUGAAACAUUUUGCGACCUCGUUGCGAAGUAACGUUUGCGUCCCGUGUACAUACUGUGAUUCGCUGUAUGCGUGUGUAUGAAAGAAAGAGGAAGUGCAAGAGAAAAUGCAAGAGGAUCGCGAGAGGAAUGUGAACUAUAUAGCGCGAAUUACUUUAAACUUUUUUCACACCUAUUUUUUCAACGACAUGGCGUUCGCAUGGGGUAUCGAAAUGGCGAGCUCUGCAGCGGGUGAUCGCGAUAGCGUUGACUCCUCUUUCUUCUGUCAUUGAUAACUCCAAGUCCCGGGAAACGGUCACUAAAACGGUGAUACUGACUCUACUGUUACGUAACACCGUUUAACUAUACUGCGUUCUCGUAUAGUUGAUAAUAAUAUCAAGUACUUCUUCUACGACUGCCAUGGCUGAUGUGACUGCAUCUAAAGUUGCUGGUACUUGGAGUCGUCAGUGUGCAGGAGAAAAGGAUUUAUUAAAUUAAACAUCUCCUUCUUCUAAAUCAUCACAUCUCUCGAAUCGAAAGCCGCGAAUAUCGCGUACUUUAGGGUCCACGCGAUCGCAUAGAAUUCGUAUAAUUCUGUGAUCUUAUCUGUUACGUUUUUUCUUCGUGUUGUAAGUGAUACUUGACGCUAGAACGCUAACAUUGACAUUUUUCCAAUUUGUUUACCGGUUGAGUAAUUUUGUAAUUUUGUUAUUAGUAAACGCGUCUUGACUCUUUGUGGUAUCGUGGUUAAUGCUCCUGCAAUAAUUAAGAAUUUCUUUUGAAGCAUUAUGCAUAGUGUUAACAGUAAAAUGAUGCGAGCAAUAAAUUUAUAUAAUAUUUAAUUCUAUUCAAAUUACUUCGGAUUCCUUUUAUGUAACUUCUGCAGUUUCAAUUAUAUAAAAAUUAUGCGUUCUGGCAAGGUAUUGAUACCGAUUGCUAGUUGCAUUAGCGUUCUAGAGUUUAAGGCGCGACGCAGCCUCGUUCAGCACGCACACACUUAACAGUAAGCGCAUGAGUUUUCUGUACUACGUCGCCUGCCUGCGCACACUGAAAAAAGAAAGUUUAACGAAGCAGAGGAGGAAGGGUAGAGGUAGAGGACGAAGAAAAAUGUAAAGCCUAGGUAUCUCCGAACUAAUAAGAGCCUCCGUUUCUUGAUUUUUGUAUGCUUCUUUAAAACUGUCUGAUACAAGAAAAAACAAAGGAUAAAUAAAUGUGUACCAAUCUC